CCCCAACCUACAAAUGAGGAAACCGAAGCCCAGAACCCUGGAAGGCAAUCCCCAGUGGCCACUGAGAGUAGUCACCAAAAACAAGUACUACUCUUCGACCUGCACCUCCUCUCUUUCCUUCUCCAUUACUAGAGCCAGUGUCCAUAGCAGACUUCCAGACUUUCAACACCUGAAGCAGCCUUCUCUUCACUCAUGGCCAGCCAACAGUUUUCCAGCCAACUGCAGGAGGAAGUAAUCUGCCCCAUCUGCACAGACUUUCUGCAGGACCCUGUCACCAUCGACUGUGGACACAAUUUCUGCAACAGAUGCAUCACACGGAUUGGGGAAGCAUCAGGCAGUUUUUUCAAAUGUCCCCUCUGCAACAGUUCUGUGAACAAAACAUUCAGGCCCAACUGGCUGUUGGUAAAUCUGGUGAAAAAAAUCCAAGCUAUGAGUGCUUCUGAGGAGCAACCAGAAAGGGAUGAGCUGAAAUGUCAGAGGCAUGGAGAGAAGCUCUAUUACUUCUGUGAGCACAGUGGGAAUUUCCUCUGUGUGAUGUGUUGUGAAUCCGAGGACCACAGAACGCAUAAUGACAGUUUGAUAGAAGAAGCUGCCCAGAAAUAUCAGGUGAAGAUUCAAUCUCAGGUUGAGAUCUUGCAGCAAACAGAGAAGGAGAUAGUACAAAAGAAGGAGCAAGGCGAAUGGAAGAUCAAUGAUUUUAUGAAUCAUGUAAAUUUUGAGAGGAUAAAGAUCCUUGGGGAAUUCAGGCACCUGCAGCAGGUCCUUGAGGAGGAGAAGAAUUUCCUCCUGUCCCGGCUCCAUUGGCUGGAGCAGGAGGGGACAGAGCACAGGAAACUCUUCAUGGCUUCAAUGGAGUUGCAGCUGACCACCCUCAAGAAGCUCAUUGAUUCCUUGAAGGUCAAGCAGCAAAUGCUUCCUAGUCAGCUGCUGGAGGACAUCAGAGUUAUCCUGCACAGGAGUGAAGAAUUUCAAUUUCUCAAUCCAACCCUGAUUCCUCCACACCUGGAGAAAAAACUCAGUGAAGCAAAAUCAAGACAUGACUCCAUCAUAGAGAACAUGAAGAAAUUCGAAGAUAACCUCCAGGCUAAUGGGAAGAAAGAUAAAAACAGAUUCCUCAAAGGCAUGAAUGAAAAAGACAAGCAGAACUGGGACGAAACAAUUAAGCCGGGGCCAUGGAAUCCCUACCCCGCAACUCCAACCCACGCCUUAUUUGGGGCUCCCUUUGCUGGGGAAGCCGCCCCUUCAGCAUCACUUCUGGCCGGAAGCAGGGAGACUUAUGUUGAAGUUCCUGGAAACGGAGCGGGGAGCUUUGGCGCUGAGAUUACUGAACGGUUCAAAGUGGUGCUGACCCCUGUGACACUGGAUGCGGCCUCAGCGCACCCAGACCUCAUCCUUUCCCAGGAUCUAAAGACAGUAACUCUGGCCCUCCACUUCCCGCGCAGGUCGGAGGAGCCCGCCAACCCCGAGUGCUUCUACCCUUUUCGUUGUGUACUGGGCUGUCCAGGCAUUUCUUCUGGCUGCCAGGCCUGGGAGGCGGAGCUUCAAGGGAGGGAAAGCGGGGGCUGUCUGGUGGGCGUGGCCUCGGAGCUAGUGUCAAGACGCGGUUGUCUGCUUGUGGAGCCCUUGGCAGGCCUCUGGACGCUGCGCAUCACAAGCAUUGGGUGCGAGGCGCUCACCGAUGGUGGUACCCGGGAGAACCUCCCCAUCCGUCCGAAGAAAGUGGGCAUCUUCGUGGACCACGCACGCGGGAAGAUCGUCUUCUUUGACAGCACCACAAGCAAGCACAUCUAUACCUUUCACGCCUCCUUCGCUGGGCAGAUCUUCCCCUUUUUCCAGCUCCUGUACCCUGGCACCCGAAUCUCCCUGAAUCCCUAGAGUUGUUCCCUUUCCUUUCUCUCCGUCUCUUCCCUUCUAACUCCCCAUUUUGGGAUGCGCUGCAGUUAGUCCCAUUGAAGCUAGGCUUCCUGGAGCCCUUUCCAAACUUUCUGAUAUUCUGACCCCAUUUAAAAUUUUCCAUUUUUCUCUCAGGUUCCCCUUCCCCUUUCUAUGUCUGAAUCAAGAAGAAAGACUCAAAUACACCAAAAGACUAUACAUAAGGCUAUCCGUUGCAGCACUUUUUGUAAUAGAACAAGAUUGGAAGCAACUCAAAUGCCCCUCAACAAGUGAUGGUUAAAAAAAGCUGAGGUGAGAAAGCAUUUGAACCCUAGUUGAGACUAAAGAUGCAGAAGCUGACCUGAGCUGCUCCCUUCUUUUCCUCCACCUCAUUUUUCCUGCUGCACACACCUGCACAAGUAACUCUGAAUGCAGCCUUUGCUGGUCCAGACCUCAUCCUUUCCUGAGGUCUGAAAACCACCAUGUUGGGCUUUGUCUCUUCAGGAGACUCAGCCAGAUCCUCUUUAAUACCAAUUUGCAAAUGAGGACUAUUUAUGUUGUAAUAUGGGAUGACCUCCAAGAUAUAUUGUUAAGUGAAAAAAUUAAGUGAGUAACCAUACACAUAGUAUAUUAAAUGUCACAUAAGGAGGGGUAUUAAUAUACAUUUUUCCUUAUAUUUAUUUUCUUUUUAAAUAGAAGGAUAAACCAAAACCUAAUUCAAAUUACCUAUGGGGGAGGGUAAAAUUAGGUUUAAAUUAGUCUUUUCUAAAUAUUUCAAACCCAGGGCCUCAUACUUGCCAGCCUUUGCUGAACUUUGCUGAGCCACAUCCCCAGCACAAGUGUGUGUCAUUUUGUAUAUUUGACAUAAUGUAAAUAUUUCACAUCAUUAUAAAAAAUUAAAUGAGAUUAAAUAAAUCUAAUUGUCUACAUA